UGUAAGAUUUAUAAUAAUGUAAUAACGUUAUUAAGAAAUAAAGUAUUUUGCAUUUUAUAGUAUUAUACAGGGUGAACUAGUAGCACCUUAAUUAUUUUCAAAAUUAUAUUGUUAAACGUUAUUGUAUAAAAAAAUGUGGUAUAUACCCUGUAUACUAUAUCAUGUAUUUUACAUAUUUCCUGCGAGUCUCUGUUACUUAGCAACUGUUCUGUCAAAACACAGUAACUUCACUUUGAAGUCACAUAACGAUCUUGCAAUCACGUUUAUAUUACUUGUCAGUGAAGUUAUAAAAUAAAAAUAUCAGUGUUUUACAGUGAUAGUUUAUAUCAUCUUCAUUUGUAACUUGUUUCGCUAAAUUUUUAUUUUUAAUCACCGAAAUUGCAACUGAUAUCAAUUUUUGUGAUAUUUUAUUAUUCUUCUGAUAUUAACAUUUUGUAAAAAUGGGACCUAAAAAAGCAAAAGCAAAAGCACCUGCUACGGUCGAUGGAGUAGACACAACAAAAAUGAACAGAGAGCAGCUGGAAAUUUAUGCACAUAGGAUACUUGAAGAAAUGGAACGUGAAAGGGAAGAACGAAAUUUUUUUCAACUGGAAAGAGAUAAACUUAGAACUUUUUGGGAAAUUACAAGACGCCAGUUAGAUGAAGCACGUGCAACUAUCAGGAAUAAAGAACGUGAAAAAGAAGAAUUUGCAGAGAAACAUGAAGCGGAACUUAAAUUGUACAAACAGAAAGUGAAACAUUUAAUGUAUGAACAUCAGACAAAUUUAUCAGAAACUAAAGCAGAUCACAUGGUUGCACUUAAAAUAGCACAAGAUGAUCAUGUUCUCCAAGAAAAUGAAUUAAUCAAAGAUAAGUUGGAAUUAAAGAGACUACAAAAAGAACAAGAUUUAGCACAUGUGAAUGAAAUACGUGCUUUGAAAUUGAAAAAUGCAGAGGAAACAGACAAACUGAUAAAACAAUUUGAAACUGAAGCUACAGAGAUGGAACAAAAAUAUGAACAGAAGUUAGCCAAUCAGUAUGAAUCUCUUACUUUAAAACAUCGUAUGGAAAUAACGGAAAUAGAAGAGAGAAAAAAUACACAAAUUGCAAAUUUAAUCAAGAAUCAUGAAACCGCAUUUGCAGAAAUGAAAACUUAUUAUAAUGAUAUUACCCUUAACAAUUUGUCUCUGAUAAAGAGUAUGAAGGAACAAAUGGAAGUAAUGAGAAGUAAUGAAGAACGGAUGAAAAAACAAGUACGGGAAUUGACAGCUGAGAAUAAAAAAUAUUUUGCAGAGUUAAAAUCUCAGGAAGAAACCUUAGCACAUUUAACUCAUCAACUUGCAAAUUACGAAAAAGAUAAACAAAGCUUAGCAAGUACUAAAAAGAGAUUAGCACUAACUUCGAAAGAUUUCGAAAAUUUAAAAUGGGAAAAUGAAGUACUAGAAUUACGUUUUGAAAAAUGUCAAUCCGAAAGAGAUGAAUUGCAUUCAAGAUUUGUCUCAGCCAUACUUGAGCUUCAACAAAAGACAGGAUUGAAAAACGUUCUCCUAGAGAAGAAACUUGAAAAGUUAUCGGAUUUGUUAGAACAACGUGAAGUACAGAUCAGCGAAGUGCUUGCUGCUGCUCAGUUAGAUCCAAUGGCUGUUGCCAAUGUUAAUAAGAAACUAGAAAAUAUGUUAAACAGAAAAAAUAGCGCGAUACAAGAUCUUCAGUAUGAACUAGCAAAGGUUUGUAAAGCGCAUGAUGAUUUGCUUCGAACAUAUGAAGCUAAGUUACAAGAGUAUGGCAUUCCAAAAAGUGAACUUGGCUUUCAACCGUUGAAAAUAAAAGGAAUAACUACAAAAUUGGGUACAGGACCAGCUGGUCUUGUUACUGCAAAUCGCUAGUCUAUAAGAUUUCAACAAACUGAUUUGUACUCAAUAUUUUAAUUACUCUGUAUAUAUAUAUAUAUAUUUUCGAUUCAUUAA